GAUCAGGGCAAAAGGAGGCCAAAAUACGGCCUGAUUUCCCGCUCCUAAUAUUCUACAAGAGCAAGACGCUAUAGCCUUAGGAUCGAAAAACUUCCUCCAAUCAUGCAGUGCCUUUGCUCCCCUUCUGUUUGGAAUCCGUUCAGGGUAAUUCAGGGUGAUCAAGAGAGCAAGCCAUUCUCCAGCAUUGGCGACAAACCUACCCAGUGCCUCUCCCCUCCUCCCUUCUGUGCGUUACAGGAGGCUUUAGCCUAUGAGGGCGGUGAGGCUGCUGCGAUCUUGUUUUAUGCAUAGGAAACAAGCUCAGAGUCGUUCUUAGGCACGGUGGAGUGGCCUGGGCAGUCUGGGCCUUGUGGUCCGCCCUGUGCUGGGCGAAUGUCCUGGGCAAUGUAAAGCAGGUUACUGUUCAGGAGCUGGAAGGGCCAUCUGUGAUAGAGUUUCAGGGGCUUGCCGUUUUAGUAGAUGGGUCCCGCAAAGACACAGAGACGCAGCCAGUCUAGCAUGUUCUGAGCUGCAGAACGUGCAAUUGGACUCAAGAGGUGCACAAACGCAAAUUUUGACAGGGGAGCGGAUUUCUGCUUUGCGAAGUUGUUGUGAUAGUGGCGACAAACUCUGGGAUCACAUACACAAGCAAAAUGAGUAGCUCUGGCCUGCAGCCGCUUCAGAAUGCCUUCAGUGGCUUCACAAGAUUGUCCAAGGGGAUCGCGGUGCUUCUUGCAGUUGGGUUUCUGGUUGUGACGGUGCUUCCAUGGGCGUUGGAGUAUGUGGCCUUGGUGCCCGGCAAGUCCAUCCCUAUGGCAUGGAAUCUUCUGACAGCUGGCUACAUAGAAAAGUCGCUUCUCAGCGCAAUUGUCAAUGUUCUGGCCGUUCUUUUCAUCGGGAAGACCUUGGAGCCAAUCUGGGGUUCCAAGGAGUUCCUGAAGUUCAUCGUCUUGGUUAACCUCUUCACAGGGGCUAGCACCUUUGCCACAAUGAUCUUCUUGUACUUUUGCACAAUGAACGAGGACUUCUUGUAUCCAAAAAUCUCGGGCUUUCAUGGGGUGGUGGCCGGUUUCCUUGUGGCCAUCAAGCAGCUGAUGCCAGACCAGGAGAUCACAGCCUUCUUUGUCUUCAAGUUCAGGGCCAAGCACGUUCCGUCUCUGUUCGUGCUGGUCAGCGUCGUUUUGUCCCUCCUUGCUGGGGACGCCGUUCAGCUCCUUCCCUUCAUCCUGUUUGGCACCUAUGGCAGCUGGCUCUACCUGCGCUUCUUCCAAACCCGGUCGGAGAGUAACUUGAGGGGGGACCCAAGCGACGAGUUCGGCUUCGACACUUUCUUCCCGGAAGUUGUUCGCCCUGCGAUCCGGCCAGUAACGACAAUCCUGAGCAAGAUCUUUUGUGGGAGACGGUCCGCAGAGGGUGAAGAGGGAACGGGCCACAUCUUAGGGGGCAAGCCUUUACCGGGCUCCGAUCCUGCCGAAGCGACACGGCGAAGGGAGCGAGGAGCCCGUGCUUUGGAAGAGAGGUUGGCUGCGGCUGCCCAAAACGCAACAGGGGCGGCGGACGGUGGGGCGUCAAGUCUCCCAGUUUCUAGCAAGCCGCCUGGGAUGGGCAAGGAAAAGGCACCCGCUGACGAAAGCGUCUGACACAUCGAGUUAGUGAAGUUUAGCAGACAACUUGUUGCUCUUACAGCCUGGUGUAGAUAGUUUUGGAAGGUUCUUGUAAGCAGUCUGGUCUGAUCGAUGUGUGCAAACAUGCUCUCCCCUGCGACUCAGGAUCAUAACAUCAAGCUCAACGAUGUCAAGUCUGCGCAGCGGAUCACCGCUUGUGACAGGUUGGGUGCAAGCAGGAUCCACUUUCAAGAAAGCUUCAAGAACGUCGAAUCAUACAAGGUGCAAGGUGACACUCCGCUCGUCCUUUGCUGUACAUAUUGCAAGGGUUUGAGACACUGCAGUGUGUCUCAGCAUCUCGGCGAAGCAGUCACUUGAGACCUCAUUGUAUGCAAUUGUUGAGGCCGUGUAGUAUAAGCCAUUUCAAGAGCUGCCGAAAGUCUUCU